AUGGACUUAGCUGGUUCUGAGAGAGUUUCUCUGACGAAAGCUGCUGGUGAGCGUCUUAAAGAGGGGGCUAACAUAAACAAAUCUUUGUCAGUAUUAGGAAAUGUGAUAAGGCAACUAAGCGAGGGGAAGGAGUUUAUCAGUUAUCGCGAUUCGAAAUUGACUAGACUGCUCUCACAGGCUCUUGGCGAUCCUGGGCUUUUCCAAUUAGUAUCCAAUCAGUUAUUCCAGCAUGUGGCAGACCAGGUUGAUAAGAGGUACUUGAUUAGAUGCAGUUAUAUUGAAAUCUACAAUGAAAAGAUCAAUGACCUCCUGGAUAAGAGCAAUCAGGGUUUAACUAUAAGAGAAGAUAUCAAAGGAAAUGUGCUGCUUGAUGCAAGGGAAGCUGUCGUAGACAAUGUUGAUAAAGUUAUGGAGAACAUGAUGCAGGGCAAUAAGAUCAGACGAGUUGCAGCUACUCGCAUGAAUGAGAGGUCAUCUCGAUCACACACGAUUUUCCGGAUUAUUCUGGAGUCGAAAGAUGCCAAUCAGAAAGAUGGACCUGUACAUAUAAGCUACCUUAACUUAAUGGACUUAGCUGGUUCUGAGAGAGUUUCUCUGACGAAAGCUGCUGGUGAGCGUCUUAAAGAGGGGGCUAACAUAAACAAAUCUUUGUCAGUAUUAGGAAAUGUGAUAAGGCAACUAAGCGAGGGGAAGGAGUUUAUCAGUUAUCGCGAUUCGAAAUUGACUAGACUGCUCUCACAGGCUCUUGGCGAUGUAUAUGGAUCUGUAGUAAAACCUUUAGUCGAUUCCUUCAUGGAAGGUUUCAAUGCCACAAUAUUUGCAUAUGGCCAAACAUCUUCUGGCAAAACACACACCAUUUUGGGCAAUAAAACAGAUCCUGGGCUUUUCCAAUUAGUAUCCAAUCAGUUAUUCCAGCAUGUGGCAGACCAGGUUGAUAAGAGGUACUUGAUUAGAUGCAGUUAUAUUGAAAUCUACAAUGAAAAGAUCAAUGACCUCCUGGAUAAGAGCAAUCAGGGUUUAACUAUAAGAGAAGAUAUCAAAGGAAAUGUGCUGCUUGAUGCAAGGGAAGCUGUCGUAGACAAUGUUGAUAAAGUUAUGGAGAACAUGAUGCAGGGCAAUAAGAUCAGACGAGUUGCAGCUACUCGCAUGAAUGAGAGGUCAUCUCGAUCACACACGAUUUUCCGGAUUAUUCUGGAGUCGAAAGAUGCCAAUCAGAAAGAUGGACCUGUACAUAUAAGCUACCUUAACUUAAUGGACUUAGCUGGUUCUGAGAGAGUUUCUCUGACGAAAGCUGCUGGUGAGCGUCUUAAAGAGGGGGCUAACAUAAACAAAUCUUUGUCAGUAUUAGGAAAUGUGAUAAGGCAACUAAGCGAGGGGAAGGAGUUUAUCAGUUAUCGCGAUUCGAAAUUGACUAGACUGCUCUCACAGGCUCUUGGCGGAAAUGUGCUGCUUGAUGCAAGGGAAGCUGUCGUAGACAAUGUUGAUAAAGUUAUGGAGAACAUGAUGCAGGGCAAUAAGAUCAGACGAGUUGCAGCUACUCGCAUGAAUGAGAGGUCAUCUCGAUCACACACGAUUUUCCGGAUUAUUCUGGAGUCGAAAGAUGCCAAUCAGAAAGAUGGACCUGUACAUAUAAGCUACCUUAACUUAAUGGACUUAGCUGGUUCUGAGAGAGUUUCUCUGACGAAAGCUGCUGGUGAGCGUCUUAAAGAGGGGGCUAACAUAAACAAAUCUUUGUCAGUAUUAGGAAAUGUGAUAAGGCAACUAAGCGAGGGAAGGAGUUUAUCAGUUAUCGCGAUUCGAAAUUGA